UGUGAAAAGAAACUUGGUACUGUCAUCACUCCUGAUACAUGGAAGGAUGGUGCAAGGAAUACCACAGAAAGUGGUGGAAGAAAACUGAAUGAAAAUAAAGCUUUGACUUCAAAGAAAGCAAGAUUUGAUCCAUAUGGAAAGAACAAAUUCUCCACUUGCAGAAUUUGUAAGAGUUCUGUACCCCAACCAGGUUCUCAUUAUUGCCAGGGCUGUGCCUACAAAAAGGGCAUCUGUGCAAUGUGUGGCAAAAAGGUUUUGGAUACCAAAACAUACAAGCAAACCUCUGUCUAGAUGUGUUAAUGAAGUUUCUGGCUGUCUGAUUUUACUUUCUGCUUUGGCUUUUCAAGGCAUGAUAUAGAUGUUCAUCUUAAGAAGUAAUGUGUUUCAAGAUAAAUGGCUAAGUUUAAACCAGGGAAGUUUAUCAAUAGUUACUGUUAUGUUUUGAGGAAGUUCUGAAAGCAACAAUGUAACUAGACUUACUCUGUCUUAAGACAGAUAUUAAGUGGUUAUUUUCCUUAUGAAUGUUUCAUUGAACUAGAAUAAGUGACAAAUUGAAUGAAAAAUACUUCUCCAUUCUGAGUGCACUUUUUAUUUAACAUUUAUAUAAUUUGUAUCCCCUAUGUCUACUUUAUUUAUGGAUAUUGCAAGGUGAGGUGGAGAUUAUUGAUAUUUUAUUCUGAACUUGGCAUUUAAACAAAAUUCUUCUCUAACUCUCUUAGUUCUUAGAAUCAACAGUCUUAAUCAUAAUUUCACUGGAUACUUAAAUAUUGAAAGCCAUUACUGCAAAAUAAUUCUUCAGUAAUUACUCUGGACACCGAUCAAAGACUAGUUAGAUUUCUGAUUGCUUUUCAUUUGUUCUUGAAGCCAAACUGCCAGUUCCUUUCAUGCAUUAAUAAGAACAUAAAGAACACUGAUUUGGCCAAUGAAUGUACUAGAUUUCAGUAAGACAUAUAUUAUGCCUGUUACCUUUAAUUCAAAUUGUUAUGAAAACCAGAGGAAAGUGUCCAUCCAUGUUCAUGUGUAAUGAAAAUGAAUCCUCUCUCUGGGAAAACUCCUUAAAGCAGAAAGCUCUUUUUUUUUCUUUUUAACCAUUUCUUGCCCACACUCCCCUAAC